CUGAGGCAGUCUCCUGGCCUUCCCAAAGGUGUGACAGUGCCUCUUGUGCACUGUCAUGUGAAGGUCACAGAUGACCUUGGGGGAGGGGUCCUUCAGAGUGAUUCUCACACAGUGGCUCACCUCAGCCCUAUGUGCUGGGAAACUAAGGCAGGUGAGCUCACUGGUCUGAGGUCAGCUAGUGGGUGUAGAGGCCGAGACGGAACCAGGCAGGCUGUGGCCCCGCCCCAGCUCUCCACCCCUCUGCUGUCCUGGCUCUGGUGCCCUACUUGUCAGCCCGCAGCCUGCAGCCCUUAGUGGGCUGCGAAGUCCAUUGAUUGAUUUGUCUCCUGCAUUUGAAAAACCAAGGCAUGGAAGAGGAUAGAAAAAGCAGAGUACAGCAAAGGGAGGAUGGUGAGUUGGAAGAAGGUGAACUGGAAGAUGACGGAGCUGAGGAGACCCAGGACACGUCCGGAGGGCCCGAGAGGAGCCGGAAAGAAAAGGGAGACAAGCACCAUAGCGAUUCCGACGAGGAGAAGUCGCACCGGAGGCUGAAGCGGAAGCGGAAGAAAGAGCGAGAGAAGGAGAAGAGGAGGUCGAAGAAGAGGAGGAAGUCCAAGCACAAGCGCCAUGCUUCCUCCAGCGAUGACUUCUCCGACUUCUCCGACGACUCGGACUUCAGCCCCAGUGAGAAAGGGCACCGCAAGUACCGAGAGUACAGCCCCCCAUACGCGCCGUCCCACCAGCAGUACCCUCCGUCGCACACCACGUCGCUGCCCAAGAAGGGCUACUCCAAGAUGGACAGCAAAGGCUACGGCAUGUACGAAGACUACGAGAACGAGCAGUACGGGGAGUACGAGGGCGACGAGGAGGAGGACCUGGGCAAGGAGGACUACGACGACUUCACCAAAGAGCUGAACCAGUACCGGCGCGCCAAGGAGGGCAGCAGCCGGGCCCGAGGCAGCCGAGGCCGCGGCAGGGGCUACCGGGGCCGAGGAAGUCGCGGCGGCUCUCGAGGCCGAGGCAUGGGCAGGGGCGGCCGAGGCAGGGGCAGAGGCUCCGUGGGAGGAGACCACCCGGAGGACGAAGACGACUUCUACGAGGAGGAGAUGGAAUAUGGAGAAGGUGAGGAGCCCAUGGGCGACGAGGACUACGACGACUACUCCAAGGAGCUGAACCAGUACCGCCGCUCCAAGGACGGCCGAGGGCGAGGGUUAAGUCGAGGCCGGGGCCGGGGGUCCCGAGGUCGCGGGAAAGGGAUGGGCCGGGGCCGAGGUCGAGGCGGAAGCCGAGGAGGGCUGACCAAGGGCGGCAUGAACGACGAUGAGGACUUCUACGACGACGACAUGGGCGACAGCGGCGGAAGCUACAGGAGGAGUGACCAUGACAAGUUCCACCAGCAGUCUGACAAGAAAGGCAAAGCCAUCUGCAAAUACUUUGUGGAAGGGCGGUGCACAUGGGGGGACCACUGCAAUUUCAGCCAUGACAUCGAGCUACCGAAGAAGCGAGAGCUGUGCAAAUUCUACAUCACCGGCUUCUGCGCCAGAGCGGAGAACUGCCCCUACAUGCACGGUGAUUUCCCGUGUAAGUUGUACCACACCACCGGGAACUGCAUCAACGGCGACGACUGCAUGUUCUCCCACGACCCUCUGACCGAGGAGACGAGAGAGCUCUUGGACAAGAUGUUGGCCGAUGAUGCGGAAGCGGGCGCUGAGGACGAGAAGGAAGUUGAGGAACUGAAGAAGCAGGGCAUCAACCCCCUGCCCAAGCCACCCCCCGGUGUGGGCCUCCUGCCCACCCCGCCUCGGCCCCCCGGCCCCCCGGCCCCCACCUCUCCAAACGGCAGGCCCAUGCAGGGCGGGCCCCCACCCCCACCCCCGCCCCCUCCUCCGCCCCCCGGGCCCCCGCAGAUGCCCAUGCCGGUGCACGAGCCGCUGUCCCCACAGCAGCUGCAGCAGCAGCAGGACAUGUACAACAAGAAGAUCCCCUCCUUGUUCGAGAUUGUGGUGCGGCCCACAGGACAGCUGGCGGAGAAGCUGGGCGUCAGGUUUCCUGGACCCGGAGGACCCCCAGGGCCAAUGGGCCCUGGGCCGAACAUGGGCCCCCCAGGGCCAAUGGGGGGCCCGAUGCACCCCGACAUGCACCCUGACAUGCACCCAGACAUGCACCCCGACAUGCACCCGGACAUGCACCCCGACAUGCCGAUGGGCCCUGGCAUGAACCCUGGCCCGCCCAUGGGACCUGGCGGCCCCCCAAUGAUGCCCUAUGGUCCCGGAGAUUCCCCACACUCUGGAAUGAUGCCCCCCAUCCCGCCAGCCCAGAACUUCUAUGAAAACUUCUACCAGCAGCAGGAGGGCAUGGAAAUGGAGCCGGGACUCAUCGGGGACACAGAGGACUACGGGCACUACGAAGAGCUGCCAGGGGAGCCUGGGGAGCACCUCUUCCCCGAGCACCCUGUGGAGCCCGACAGCUUCUCUGAGGGAGGGCCCCCAGGCCGGCCGAAGCCGGGCGCCGGUGUCCCUGACUUCCUGCCCUCGGCCCAGAGGGCCCUGUACCUGAGGAUCCAGCAGAAGCAGCAGGAGGAGGAGGAGAGAGCAAGGAGGCUGGCUGAGAGCAGCAAGCAGGACCGGGAGAAUGAGGAAGGUGACACUGGGAACUGGUACUCGAGUGACGAGGACGAAGGUGGGAGCAGCGUCACCUCCAUCCUUAAGACCCUGAGGCAGCAGACGUCUAGCCGCCCCCAGGCGUCGGUGGGAGAGCUGAGCAGCAGCGGGCUGGGGGACCCCCGCCUUCAGAAGGGACACCCCCCAGGAGGCCGGCUGGCUGACCCCCGCCUCAGCCGGGACCCGAGACUCACCCGCCACGCCGAGGCUUCCAGUGGUUCGGGCCCAGGCGACACAGGGCCCUCCGACCCUCGGCUGGCACGCUCCCUGCCCACCUCCAAGCCUGAAGGCGGCCUUCAUUCCAGCCCUGUAGGCCCCGGCAGCUGCAAGGGGUCUGGACCACCCCCUGCAGACGAGGAGGAAGGGGAGCGGGCCUUGAGGGAGAAGGCCGUGAACAUUCCCCUGGACCCCCUCCCCGGACACCCGCUCCGGGACCCAAGGUCGCAGCUGCAGCAGUUCAGCCACAUCAAGAAGGAUGUGACCCUGAGCAAGCCGAGCUUCGCCCGCACUGUGCUCUGGAACCCUGAGGACCUCAUCCCCCUGCCCAUCCCCAAGCAGGACUCGGUGCCCCCCGUCCCCGCCGCCCUGCAGUCCAUGCCUGCCCUGGAUCCCAGGCUGCACCGCGCCGCCGCCCCGGGACCCCCCAACCCCCGGCAGCGCCCGGGCGCCUCCACGGACCCCGGCACAUCCGGCUCCAACCUGCCUGACUUUGAGCUCCUCUCUCGAAUUCUCAAGACUGUCAACGCCACCGGCCCCUCAGCGGCCCCCUGCCCCAGCGACAAGCCCAGUGACCCCCGGGUGCGGAAGGCCCCCGCCGACCCUCGGCUGCAGAAACCAGCAGACUCUGCUGCCUCCUCCCGGGCUGCCAAGCCUGGUCCCACCGAAGCGCCCUCUCCUUCUGGCAGCCCCAGCGGGGAGUCCUCGCCCCCGGCCACCGCACCCUAUGACCCCCGUGUGCUGGCGGCCGGCGGGCUGGGCCAGGGCAGUGGGAGCGGGCAGAGCAGCGUGCUGAGUGGCAUCAGCCUCUACGACCCCAGGACUCCCAACGCAGGGGGCAAAGCCUCGGAGCCGGCCGCCGACUCGGGCGCCCAGCCCAAGGGCACUGAGGGCAAUGGCAAGAGCUCGGCCGCCAAGGCCAAGGAGCCGCCGUUCGUCCGCAAGUCGGCCCUGGAACAGCCCGAAUUGGGGAAGGCCAGCGCAGACGGGGGGGCGGCCACGGCCACGGACAGAUACAACAGCUACAACCGGCCCCGGCCCAAGGCCGCCGCGGCCCCCGCCACCACGGGCACCCCGCCGCCCGAGGGCGCCCCACCGCAGCCCGGCGUGCACAACCUGCCCGUGCCCACGCUCUUCGGGACCGUGAAGCAGGCGCCCAAGACAGGCUCCGGGAGCCCGUUUGCUGGCAACAGCCCAGCGCGGGAGGGCGAGCAGGAUGCAGGGUCCCUGAAAGAUGUUUUUAAAGGCUUCGACCCCACUGCCUCGCCCUUCUGCCAGUAGUGUUCAGGGGGAGUCAGCACUCCCGGCACCGCCCUUCCCAGGGGUAUAGUAAGGGCAGCCGCCGGAGCUGGGGGCUUGGGGGGAGGGGAGGGGUCUGGGCGUUCUUUCUUUUAUUUUUACCGGUUUUUCUUUCUCUCUCUCUCUUUUUUUUCCUUUUUCUUUUUUUUCCCCCCCCACGUAGUCCUUUCAUUGACACAUAUAAAUUGUAUAUAACCAUCCUCGGUUCUAGUCAGUGCGCGGGGCUCCGGGCUGCCGCCAAGAUCGCCUCCUCGUGCAUGUGAACAGUCGUGAGGCCCUGGGCCUCGGCCCCAGCUGGCACUCCGCCUGGCCGGCCGAUUUUCAGGGACUCCCUGAAAGCUGGGGCCCCGGUCUGGCAGCUGGGGGUCUGGUGGGCUUUCUGGGCAAGGCUUGGCCCCUCCUCCUUCCCCCGCCCCCCAAGGACAAAGGGAACCGUUGAGAAAGCCUGCUGAACACUGCUGGGCCGUGUUGCACGAGUGCGGGGAGAUGGAACCAAGACAGUGGGCAGGACCCGCACGGAGCGGGUCCAGACGCUUCUCGAAGCCCAUCGCCUGCAGUGCGCAGGCCGUGAUGAGCAGCUUCGGGGGCUGGUGGAGGCAGGAGAGUAGCAGAGAAAGAGGAAGAGAGCCCUGGGGAGCUGCCCGGCUGGAAGACGCGGAGCCCUUUCCCACUGCUGCCUUGUCUGGAUUCGCACAUGGGCCUCCCGCCUCCUCCGUCCAGAGUUCAUGUUGAAACCCACACCCUCCGGCCGCAGCGGAAGGCUCCAGGGCCACACGGACCGGGCGGCGGCCUCCAGACCACGUGUUCUCUGUCAGUAUUAGCUCCUGUCCUGUCGCGGCCACGCCCUCCUCCCCUAGGGCCGGGGUCUGUCCUGGCCCUCAGACGUCAGGGUGCCCAGUGUGCUGGCCCCGGCCGCUGUGGGGACAGCUCAAGGAUCCGCCGUGUGGCCGCUCUGCCAGGCUCCCUCUGUCAGGAGCCCUGGGUGGGUCUUCGCAAAGUGUUUCUGCUCUCUUUGCACCUCCUUGGCCAUAUCUUUAGGGCCUGUGGUUUUGGUGUGUGGGUUUUUUUCUCACAAGCCGACAGGGGCACGGGUUCAGAGGUGUGUCACAGUGUAGGGGAUGUGGACACUUCCAGAAAGAGGGCCUGAGGAAAAGGUGGCGACUAGCUGGGGCAGGGUCGGGGGCUGCUGGGCCCUCUCCAGGAAAGGGACCGGGACCCCCGCUGCAGGUGAGGGGUGCGGAGCUGGAAGUCUGCGUCCUGCUCCCCUUAUUCUGCUGAGCUGGGGAGAGAGGAGAGACAUCUGGGCUCCCCCCGCCGCCCCCAGGACCCUGUGAGGUCCGGCCUGUCCACAGAGCUCCAGAGGAGGCCCACCCCAAGUGUGUGGCUGUACCAGGCUCCCUGCUGGCCACCGUCUGCCUUUUUCUGGUCCCAGCGCCUUGCUUAAGGCCCCGUCUCUUCCUUGCGGCUCAGCCAAGGGUUCCCCACUCACCUCCUCGGGGUGAGGGCUGAACGAGAUUCCUGUUGCAAACACCUCGCCUGGAAAAAAGAUAGUUGUCGAGUUUGGGGCCGUAGCGGGUGCGGGGGAGGCAGCCCAGCAGCCACAGACAGGCUCCGCGCCCACAAUCAGGUGGGUUUGGUUUGUCCUUGCGUCUUUGCAUCUUUUUUGUUUCGUUUUUAUGAACAAUCAUUAGCGAGAUUUUCCUUCAGCCGCCAGUGUCGGCCUUGAAGCAGGGGCCGCAGCCCUUGGUGUUUGUAAAGUGAGUUAGACGAACACAGUGUGGCUGUGUUUUCCUCCCCCCCCCGAACCCCUUGAGAAUUUUCUUUUGUAAAAGCAAAAUUAAAUACUUUUUUUAAACCGAAAUCUGUGGAUGAAAUAGAAGCUGGAACCCUCCUCUUGGAAUACUCAGCCUAAGAACCUCAUGGGACUGUGAACUCACCCGAAAUUUUCAUUUUGCCAUCAGGCCGAGCUUUUAAAGAAAAAUUGUUCUCUAACCAGGAUUGUAACAAAAGUGUAAAUACUAUUUCAGAGUUGAAAGUUGACGGUGCAAAUAUGUAUAUAACGUAUGUAUUUUUACAAUGAUCGUCGCAUGACUGUCCCGCCCCCUUUUUGUACUCCAUAUCUGUCUUCCAGAAACGUCACCUGACCUUUCUCCUGUGGUCUCUUAAUCCAAUAAUUGUAUUACUGCCAUUAAAGGAUGCAGUUAUUUUAA